CCGCCUGCUGGGCGGCGGUGGCCCUAGCGGCCCGCAAGGAUUUGAAACCGUUUGGCGGUGGCGGCGGCGGCGGCCGAGCGGAAAACUUGCUGUGGGCGCGCCAGGUUCUUGUUUUCAACCCCCUUCACCCCCAGAGUGGUUGCUGCACCAUUUUGCAUGCCUACCAACCGUGCACAAGAGUUCCUGUUCUCCAUCCUCACCAGCAUUUGACUAGAUUAUGGAAAUGGGAAGUGAAGAAGAAAAAUGGGAGAAGCUGGAUGCAGAAUUUGAUCACUUUGUGGUAGAUAUGAAGCCCUUUGUUCUAAAAUUACCACAUAGGUCAGAACGCCAGAGGUGUGCUCUUUGGAUUAGAAAACUGUGUGAGCCUUCAGGAACUGGUACAGGAAUAAUGGGCAGGAAGAAUCGGAACCUCUAUGCAAAACUGUUACUGCAUAUGCUUAAGCGAGGCGUACUUGAAGGCCCUUUUACACAUCGACCUGAACCAGGAACGCUCAAAACUUUACCUUCAUACAUGUCCAUCUAUUUUGAUGAACCAAAUUCCACACGAGCAAAAGGUCCAAGUCCAGAGAGGUUACCAGCCUGGGUAAUGAGUGAGCUGGGGACAAGUGACCACAAAUUCAGUGAAUCAUGGAAACUUUCUUCUGAAGAUAACACUUUGGUGCAGCCGCCAGCUGAUGUCCGCAGGCGAAUGGAGACCAAUUGCUGUACCUUGGAUGGCCACUUGCAAGCUUUUAAGACCAGUAGGGAACAGUACACUGAGCAGCUCCGAAUGAGAUCACAUUCUGUGAGUCCAGCCUACAGAGAAGAUGGAGAAAAUGUUACCCCAAAGGUUUCUGAAGAUUGUUUGAAAAAAUCUGCUCUUUCUUUGGAUGACAGUGACAUUGAAGCUCGCCUUAAUAGUUGGAAUCUUGGGAUAGAAAAUCCUCGGUAUCUGAGACAGAGGCCUGUCCCAGUUUCUCUGAUGACUCCCAAAUUCAGCCUAAGAAAAUCCAGCAGUUUUCACGAUGAUCAUUUACUCUCUCGAAUGCAUGAGAAAGAGUUGGAUAUGAAGACGAAAAUAGUGGAAGCGAAAUUUCAUGAAGAGAAGCUUAAACUACAACAGAAACAUGAUGCUGAUGUUCAGAAGAUUUUGGACAGAAAGAAUCAUGAACUAGAAGAAUUGAAAACCUUAUACAAGAAAAAACAGAAUGAAACUGAGGAGACUAUUAGAAAGCUUGAAAAGAAAGUUCAGACCCUUAUACGUGACUGUCAGAUUAUCAGAGAGACUAAAGAAAACCAGAUUGCAGAGCUGAAAAAGAUAUGUGAACAAAGUGCAGAAUCUCUGAAUAAUGAUUGGGAGAAAAAGCUUCACAGUGCUGUAGCAGAAAUGGAAAAGGAAAAGUUUGAUCUUCAAAAGAAACACACUGAAAAUAUUCAAGAAUUGCUUGAGGACACAAAUGUACGUCUGAAUAAGAUGGAGGGUGAAUACAUGGCACAGACACAGGCCACAAACCAGAUGGUCAAAGAACUGGAGGCCCGUGUCCAGCAGCUGACUGGAGAAGCUGAGAACAGUAAUGUACAGAGGCAGAAAUUAAUUCAGGAAAAAAUGGAACUGGAGAGAUGUUACCAGAUAACAUGCAAUGAAUUACAAGAAGUAAAGGCAAGGCGCAAUACACUGCAUAAAGAGAAGGAUCACCUGAUAAAUGAUUAUGAGCAAAACAUGAAACUAUUACAAACCAAAUUUGAUGCUGAUAUAAACCUUCUGAAACAGGAACAUGCUCUUUCAGCUUCUAAGGCAUCUGGUUUGAUUGGAGAAUUAGAACAGACCGUCUGUUUAUUAAAAGAGCAGUUACAGGAAUCAGAACAUCAAAGAAUGCAACAACUAAAGGAUCAAGAAAAUAAAUUUCAAAUGGAAAAAAGUCAUUUAAAACGCACCUGUGAAAAAAAGGUUCAUGACUUGCAGGAGGAACUUGAUAAAGAAAAAGAAGAUGCUCAAAAAAAAAUUCGUAAAUUUGAGGAAGCUUUGAAGGAAAAAGAGGAGCAGCUAACUCGUGUGACUGAAGUUCAGAGGUUGCAGGCCCAGCAGGCAGAUGCUGCUCUGGAAGAGUUUAAGAGGCAGGUGGAACUGAACUCGGAGAAAGUCUAUGCCGAAAUGAAAGAGCAGAUGGAAAAAGUAGAAGCAGAUCUAACUAGAUCCAAGUCUCUUCGUGAGAAACAGUCAAAAGAUUUUUUAUGGCAGCUAGAAGAUGUCAAAAAAAGAUAUGAACAGCAGAUAGUAGAGCUGAAGCUGGAGCGUGAGCAGGAGAAGACGCACCUAUUACAGCAGCAUAACGCAGAGAAGGAUAGCCUAGUCCGAGACCAUGAACGGGAAAUUGAAAACCUGGAAAAACAGCUUCGCGCUGUCAGUGUGGAGCACGAAAAUCAAAUUCAAGAGUUGAAGAAACGAGAUGCACAGGUUAUUGCUGACAUGGAGGCCCAGGUUCACAAGCUGAGAGAAGAGCUGAUUAAUGUGAACUCACAGAGGAAACAGCAGCUGGUAGAGCUUGGUCUUCUUCGUGAAGAGGAAAAGCAAAGGGCUGCAAGGGACCACGAGACCGCUGUCAACAAACUGAAGGCUGAAUCAGAGAAGAUGAAAAUAGAGCUGAAAAAGACUCAUGCUGCUGAGACAGAGAUGACAUUGGAAAAGAAGACGUGAACAGCCCUUCUUGACAACUCACUGUCAUCAUUGUGAACAUUUUUGGACCACGUAAAAGAUCCCCUACAAUAAAUACGCCCUACAUUGUCAUUCUAGUUCUCUCUUCUCACUGUUCUUAUAACUCCUCCUCCUCUUUUCAGUUGUCAUUUUGUUCUGGUGGCAGCUGCUUUCAAUUUGGUGACUGAUAUUAUACACCCAGUAACUCAGGCACAGGCCCAAGGGCGGCUUCUAAAUAAUGCAUACGGUUACGACAGUGGGACUCUGACCUCUGGGCAAGUCAGGUAUUAUGUUGGUAGAAGAAAUAGUAGUAAAAUAAAAGUAUAAAACACAUUGGGGUGAUGAGGACCUACAUGACCCUUGCUGCCACUCUAAAAAUUACUUGGACAGCAUCUGUCCUUGGCUAGAUGGGCUAUGGACUGGCCUAGCAUGACGUUAUUCUGUCAAUGACAUAUUGAAGAAACAGUUUAUAUUUUAGAGUGACCACGAGUCCUGGUUUCAAUGCCCGUUUUCUCAGUAUUGUUCUUGACACCCCAUUCACCUCAGAAGUUACCCAGUUUUGAUAAUAAAUUACAUGUUCACCCUAUGUGUAACACAUUUUAAAUAGUUCACAGAGUACUAAUGAUUUUGUUCAUUCAGCCCAGAAUGUAGUUGCCUGAAAUUGGGAAUUAAAAUUCAGAUAAGGGAUUUUUUUAAGUGAUGGUCUCAGAAAUAUAGUUAAUGAAGGAUUAUUAUUUGUUCUGUAUUAAACCGAACAAAAUGAAAUAUGAAUUGAGGUAAUUUUUCCUAAUGUUGACCUUCAAACUCUCUCUAUAUCUCUGCUGGGGGAAAUUUUGACAGUUGAUAUAGUACCUCAUACAUAUGUAUUGAGUGAAUAAUUAGACUUAUUCACAUUAUAUUUGAAGAGGGAAAAUAUGUAUAACUUUUUGAAAAAAAGAAAAAGGUUUAUAAACUUGGAAUACAAAACAGUGUUAUGAGCAUAGAUUGUAUACACAAUUUUCAUAAUUCAAAGAAAACUUUAUAAUUGUGAAUCAAAAUGCAAAGCUUAUCUUAUGUCUACUUAAAUUAACAUUUCUUUUGGCUUCAGUAAACCAGAAAAAUACAUUUUUAGAAAUUACAAGUAAUUAAUCUCAACUCCUUUAAAACAUGCUGAGAGGUUAUUGAAAGAUGGGAAAUUAUUUUGGAUGGGGUUUUGUUUAAUGUUGAAUUUCUUUUAUCUGUGUUAAGUAGCAUCUGUUCUAAAGAAACAAUCUCAAGAUAUUAACGGCUAUUAGCUUCGGGUUAAACAUGUUAAAAACAGAAUCAUCAUUUCUGUCAUUGUGGGUUUGUCUACUUCUAAAAAAAAAUUUUUUUGUAGGAUAUAUUAAAUAAGCCAUAAUUACAAACUAUUUUUAAAUUUACUAAGUAUCACUAAGUGUGUGAAAAUACAGAUUUAACAGAAGUGCUCCAUGACUCAUAAAAGGAUUCUUUUGAUUAGGAAACUACAAAAACACAUUCUGACAUUAAAUUAGUGAAAGUUUACUUAAAAACAGUCAGUGAAUGAAACCUGAUACACUUAAAUAUGACAGUGCUGCCAACUUGCAAUCUGAAUGAUGUAGAAGUUAUUCCAUGAAAUUACCUAUUUGGGGGGAGUAGAGGACAGGGGUUUUGCCUUUUGGUUAAGUCCUGAUGCUUGGUUUAAUAGUGCAAUAAGUAAAUUGUAUUUUGAGAAAACGAUACAAUCCCCAAGUCUUUUACGGAAAGGACCUACUUACUAGAUCCAAGUUCAUUUUGCCUGUACGUUUAUUGCAUCUCGAAAUUUUUGACACGAGUAUGAGAUACUUUUGUCUUCAUCACACAUUUACCACUUUUUUUUCCAUUUAGAAAUUAUGCAUCAUUGGGAAAAGAAAGAGGAACAUUAUACACACUCCAUGAUUCUUCUCUGCUGUAGUCUUCAUUCCUUCAUUUAUUAGUUGAUCCAGUUAGCUAAUGCUGCAUAGCAAAUCUCCACAAAACAUAAUGGCUUUAAACAAAAUUUAUUAUCUCUUAACUGUUUGUGGUCCAGGAAUUUGGGGAGCUGAUUAACUAGGUGGUUCUGGCUUGGGGUUUCUCAUGUGGUUGUAGUCAGAUGGUAAUGGGACUAAGGUCAUCUCAGUCACAUUUCUGGCUCUUGGACAAGGAAAACUCAAACAGCCGGGGCUCCUCUGGCAUAUCUCUCUGUCUCUAUAUGGUCUGUCCAUAUGGCAGUUUUAGAGAAGUUGGACAUCUCCCAUGUUGGUUCAGGACUCCUGAGAUAGAGAGCCAGGUGGCAUCCAUAUCACCUUUUGAACGUAGCCUUAGAAGGCAAGCGGUGUCAUUCCUACCACAUUCUUCCGGUCAAGACAGUCUCAAAGUUCUUUCCCGGUUUAAGAGGAGAGAACAUAGACCCUACCUCUCAGUGGAGGAGUGUCAGCAUCAUAUUGUGAGAAGAGUAAAUGGGGAAGGCUAUAUAUUGAUGUGACCAUCUUUGGAAAAUACACUCUGCCACACUGAUAAAACAUUUGACUGUUGAGUACUGGGCACUGUGAUGAGUCCUGGGAGUAAUAAGAUAAAAAAAACAUGUCAUUCUUCCUUGGAAGGUAGAGCUAGGCCAGUAAGAGGACCAACCAUGUAAGCAAAUACUGUACAAGGGGUAAGUAUAAGAGAAUGGUUAGCUUUGUGGAAGGUGGGCUGUCAGAAGGCUUGAUAGAGGUGAUUUUUUAGUGAAGAGUUGAAGAUAAAGGGAAGAGAGUAGCCUAGAGUGCCUCUCGAUAUCCUAGUUGGGUGACCAAGUAGAUGAGUGGUUUAAGACAUGUUGUGCUGAAGACACCUAUAAAAUAUUCACAUAGAAAUGUUCAGUGGUCAUUUAUAAAUAAGGCUUCCAGGGAAAAUGUUUGUGUUGAAGAUGAAGAUUUGGGAGACAGUAAUUUUGGGGUAGAAUUUGAAGGCCUAUGCAAAAAUUGGCAUAGUGGUUAACAGUUUGGCUGCUAAGCAAAAGGUCAGCAGUUCAAAUCCACCAGAUGCUCCUUGGAAACCCUAUGGGGCAGUUCUACUGUAUCCUGUAGGGUCACAACGAGUUGGAAUUGACUUGAUGGCAAUGGGUUUUUAUACAUGCAUGGAUAAUAUUGCCCAAGGAAAUUUUGUAGAAUAAGAGGAGAAAAGGGAAAGGAUGUAACCCUGUAGAAAACAGCUCUGAGUGUGCUGGGAAGGACGUCAGGGAAAAUGGCAGAGUGAUGACCUGUGAAAAUUCUCUUCUCCAUAAAAGAAAUUAGGAAGCUGGCAAAAAUUGUCAGAAUCAAUUUUUUUUAGAACUCUGGAAAUUAACCAAAGGCUUGCAGCAACCCAGGAAGUGAUCAUUGAAGAAAAACAGCUAAAUCUUGUAAUAACAGCACGCUUUGUGGCAUUUUAACUUGCCCUACUUCCGACUCCUCCCCUCCUCAGCUCUGCAGUAGCCUUGAAAACCAACAGUCAACAAUGGUGAAAACCAGUAGUCUGGUAGCCACCAGAGGGGCCAGAACAAUGUUGGAGCUCCUUCAAAGCCCUAUUUCCAGAGAACUGUUUGACCUGUCUGGUGGUUCCGUACUCACAAGGCUGUCUUUAUUUCACCUGACUUAGAGCUUGCCCAGUGUAAAAAAGCAUUUUCCCUGGGAUAUUUGUCAAAAAAAGAGUAGAGGCAGUCAUUUAAGAUCACAGCUGUAUAAAGUUGUGGAUGAACAGAGAAAAUAAUACAAUAAACCCAAAAACUUAAAAGGAAAAGCUGGAGAAUAAACUGUCCAUAAGGACUUUGAUAAUCUCUGGUAUCUUUCUGGGAUUCUAGAAGGCCGUGCAUAUGGACAGGGCUGUGUGCAUCCUCAGGAAAGACCCGAGAAGGUCCUAAACUCUCACCUCUGGCUGACCUUGAGGCUCAGUGCAAGUAGGAAGUGAAAGCUAAGGCAGAGUUGUAAUCUGCCUGGCUGAGUGUUGAAGACGCACACUAACAUGCACACAGAACUCUAUGAUGACAAAUAGAAGACUUAUUGGUUUCAGAAAUUUAAGGAAAUCUCUGUCCAGUCCAUUUAUAGGAAAUGUUCAGAAUAGGCAAAUCCAUCAAGACAGGAAGUAGAGUAGAGGUUUUUAGGAGCUGAGGGGAGGAGGGAAUAGGGAGUGAUUAUCAGCUGGGUACAGAGCUUCCUUUUAUGGUGAUGAAAAUAUCCUAUAAUUAUACAGUUGUGUUGGUUACACAGCCCUGUGAGUAUACUAAGACCACUGAAUUGUGCACUUUAAAGGGGUGAAUUUUAUGGCAAAUGAAUUGGAUCUCAAUUUUUUUUUAAGUGGGCUGGGGAAGAAGAAGCUGUUAAGAAUAUGGAGAAGUAUAUCAAGAGGUGGUAGAACUUGUGAGAGCUGAUUUCAUAUCCAGAAGAGCGCAAGUUUCUUUUCCCUAGUUUUGGAAGAAUUACAUAAUUCACCCAUAGUUAUCUAGAUAUCUUGAUACAGCUCCUUUCUUUUGUUCCAGUUGUGCUCCAAAAAAUAUACCAAAACUAAAUAACUUUGAACAAAGAAUUACUGUAGAAGAAAAUCAGUUUGUGAAUGUGUCAGUAUGUGGGUGCCAAUAUGUUUGUGAUAGAAAGCUAGGUCAUGUGUAAAUGAUUCAAAAGCAGUUGUUUCCUUUUGUUUGAAGUUUCUGAUUUGCCGUAAUGUGGCUUUUUUCUUCAGAAAUAGAUGUAAGCUGGAAUAGGCUCAUUUCACUUCCUGUCUGUCCUUAACUGUUGUAGUUACGUAGGACUUUAAACAAAGGUCCUAACCCACUGGCAGCAGUUCUCCUUGACUACUGCCACAGUUAUCUGCUCUGUUCUUCUGGUUCAUUCUCCAUGUUGCCAGGGGAGUCCUCUUCCCAACUGUGUUGUUGUGUUUGUUGUUAGGUGCUGUCGAGUUGGUUUCUACUCAACAACCCUGUGUACAGCAGAACAAAACGUUACCCAGGCCUGCACCAUCCUCACAAUAGUUGCUAUGUUUGUGCCCGUUGUUACAGCCACUGGAGCUCUAAUCAUUUCACUGUUUGCUCACAAACCUCUAAUGGAUCCCCAAUGCAUCCAGAAUAAAAUCUAAAUUCCUUGAUGUGGCUAAAACCCAGAAUUUUUGGCCAUGAAGCUGAAGUUGAGUGGGAGAGGACAAGAGAGUAGAUAAAACCCGUAAUGAGGUAUGUCUGGAUAAGGUGGAGGGAUUAGUGCCAGACUAUGCACCCAUCUCCCUACCCUGCUAUUGGGAGCUUAUUGUCUAAUCUGUCAAUACAGAGUUUUUUCUACUGAUAAAUAUUCCUAACGCUCUUCUGUUGACGCCACAAAUUUUGUUUCAAAAGUGGGAGAGAAAAGAAAAUGUGCCUGCUGAGGAAACGGUGCAUAGAAAACUUUUUCUUUAUUUCAUCUCAAAAUAAAGGGGAUGCAACAGUGGAAAAUUAAAUACUACAUCAUAUUUAAUCUUUGUAGACCAAGUGGAGGAGAACAGCUUUUGAGUCUAUCUUGGGGUAAAACAUUUAUAUUAUACCUUUGUCCAGUCAUGGAAACUUAAGCAGUUAGUUGCUGCCUAUUUGACUAGUAAAUUAUUUAGUUCAAUCUUUUUUUUUUUUGUAUUUAAAUAUUUUGAAGGCAUGUGGCCAUUAAUAAAGAUUAAGAGUUCAUUAAAGCACUCCAGAACAAAUUCUGGUUCAUAAACAUUUGCAUGUCUAAUUUUAUUUAUCUGUAUUUUUUGGUGAAUGGAAAACCAGUCAUGUCAUUUAUCAGAAAAGCACUUCAAGAAUUUUAGUAACUUUAGAUUCUAAAGCAAUUAACUGUAAACUUUCCAAACAAGAGACAGUGAAAAUUCUUAGAAUUUUUUCAAGUUCUGUUCUGAGAUUACAGUAAUAGAGAUGAGUGCUUGUGACAAAUGACAGGUAUUAAGCAUGUCAAGAGGCUGGUUCAGAAUGAGUGCAAGGUUAUGUGCAAAUUAAACUAAAGUCAGCAAUGGCUAGAACAUGGAAUACCAGUGAGUGCCCUCCAUAACCUAGGUCUACCAUGGAUUUUAGCCUGUGUGAGUCAGUCUUUUCAAAUAACCCGCAGAGAGACACUGGAAACACAGAGUUUCUGAACCUGCAAGACUAUGGAUCAGAUUAUGAUCCACAAUGGACUCAGAAAGUUAGAUGAUACCUCCUGGAUGGUGUCACAAGAGGAGCUUCAGUACCAGUCUUUCCUAACAAUACAUUAACUUAGAUAAGAUUUGUUCAUUCAGAUGCCUAUAAGAAGAUAUUAAGUUUUAAAUUCUUGAGGUUAUGAAUAUAUAGUUUAUCUUUUAAAACAGAAUAUCCUGAAUUCACAGUAAGGAAAUGACUCUCCAUUGAUCGGGGUCAUAGAGCUACCAAUUUCUAAGGAUCCAAGGUGUAGGGGUAGUGCUGGAAAACUAGUGAGAUUCCAGAGGGAACCUGGAUGACCUGCAGAUGCAGCCAGACCACAUCUCUGAGGUCCCACACUCACACGCUGCCCCCUCAUCUCCAGAGGUGCUGAGAGUGAGCUGUAAGCAUCUCCCAGUAUCUCCUACUUUGACCAGGUGCAUGCAAGACCCUCAGACCCAAGUGCAGCCUCCCCCCGCCUCCAGAACCACCAUGAUUCUCUUCAACAAGCAUCCUUUCUCUGGGCUUUCUGGAUCAAGAACAAGAUUGCUUUCAAUAUGAUCAUCAGGCCAAAGAAGAUCUCCACAAGUGGAUAGAAGAGGUGACCAGUAUGAGCACUGAAAGCAAGUUUCAGUUGGACUGAAAAGAUGACUUAAUCCUCUAUAAAGGUCAAUGAGUCUUCCUUGAAGUGGCUGUUUCUUCCUUCCUAAGCUAUUCAGGUUUAUGGUCUGAAGCCACUGGAAAUUUUUGAAGCAAGUGAUAUUUUUGAGACUGAAAACAUGACCCAGGUCAGCACUAUCCUGACAUUGGAUUCAGUACACAGAAAGACAAAUUGGGCAUUUUGAUAAAGAAAAAUCAUAAGCUGAACACAAUGUAAUUGACUUGCAGAUGGAUAAACAAAUGUGCUAGCCAGAUGGAUAUGGCAGUCUUUAUCAUCCCAAAUUGCAUGCCAGUAAACUUUUUGAGUAGACUAGAGUAAGCCACCAGACAGGCACUGACUAGCAAAUGAACCAGGGCUUGGAUGUUAGCACAACAGGUUCCAAAAGAGACAUCUGUGUUCAGAAGCUAAAAGUACAGUCAGUGGACACGUCAGUUGUAUAUGGGCUUAGAUGGAAAAUAUAAGAUCGCAAAUGUUAUGCUGCUCCAGAAAACUGGCCACUCCUGAGAGAAGCCAAGGAAUAGGAACAGAGAGACUUGGUGUCAGUGGUAGUGACCAUCGGGAAUAAUACCCAGAUGAAUAGCAAGGUGCAUCCAAGAUGACUGUCCAAGAGGCUAUCAGUACGGUGAUCAAGACAUUAGCAUUAAAGAUCUGUGCAUUUUUAUAAUCAUCUUUAACUGGUAUUUUCAAGCUAUAUGAGGUUUUUGGGUUGGUUGGUUGGUUGUUUUGGUAUUGUUUAAAUCUGAUUUCUACCUAGAAUUUAUUUACAUAUCAAUGUUUCUAUAGCAUUUUUUAAGGUAAUGAUCAGUGUGUGCAAAAAAGGUCCUGGGUCAUUUUCUCAUUUCAGUUCAGCAAACAGCAGUGGUUGCUUUUGCACAAAAUACUGUGCUAAACUCUGUAAGGGAUUCAAAGAAGGCUCCUGUGUUGAGGACUCAUAGUCUAGUAAAGGAAGACACAUAUAUCCUUAACUCUACUUCAAGGCAGGCUUUUAUAGAUGCCAUCAGAGAAGCACACAGCACUUUAGUAAUGAAGGUAGGAGGCUGAAUUAACAAUUCAGGGGGGUCUGGGAAAACUCUUUGGAAGAGAUGUGAUUUUAACUGGUUCUUCUAGGCUGGGUUAGAACAAGGGGCAAAGGCAUUCUAACUGGUGGGAGCAGCCUGAGCAAAGGACUGCUUAGAGGCUCAGGCCAUGUUUAGAAGGUGGACCCGUGCAGCCAGAGCAACCUCUAUAUAAAACAGAUAAAUAAGAGCUAAUUACCAAAGUGUGAAGGACUUCGAAUGCCUAAGUCUAGAGUUUAGACCCUUAUUCUUUAUGCAUUGGGAGCCAUGGAAGGUUUUGGAGUGGAAUGAAAUGAUAGACUUUAGGGAAAUAAUUCUGGUAUAUCACUUGUAGAGAACCACAAGAUGAUCUGGGGUUUUGGAGUUUGAAUCCCUGCUUCACAGCCUACUGACUUCAAACAAGUUGCUUACUCUCUGAGCCUUAGGUUACACAUUUGUAAAAUGGGGAUAAAACCUCAUUUGCAGAGUUGUGAUUAAAUGAGGUAACUAUGUAAAGCACGGAGCACAUAGUAAAAAUUCAUUAAAUAAUACUGCUUUUAAACAGAGUAACCAACUUUUAAGGAUCUAAGUAGUUCAGGGAAGCAGUAAUAAUGUGAUUUUGAGCUUGUGCUGCAGAGUGAGACUGAUCCAGCAUAAAAUCCCAGCACCCAUUCUUUACUAGCUUUGUGAAUAGGGAAGUUUACCAAGUCACAAUGUCCUCAUCUAUAAAAUGAGGAUGGUAAUCCCAACACAUAGGUUAUGUGUUCAUUAAAACGUGUAUGUGUAAAACGGCUUUGUAUGCCUGGCAUGUAAGGACAAAAGCAAGCACAGCUUUCAGAGCAGAGAAUUCAUUCAUUCUUUCACCAGAUGCUUGCUGAAUACCUGCCAGGUACUGUUUCUUGCACUUGGAGUACAUCAUUGAACAAAACCUAGUUAAGUCCUACCCUUGUGGAUCUCACAUUCUAAAUGAUCAUUCUUACUCUUAUUGAAAGGGAACACUGAUUGAAAGACGAUUGCAGUUGUCUAGGGAAACGACAUGGAGGUUUGGAGCUAGGGCAGUGGGAGUAGAAAGGGUAGACCUGGCUGGGCGUAGAUAGAAAGCAAAGGGGAAAAUCAAAGAGAUGUCCAAGGUCCUCGUGCUGUUGCCCGAGAGAUGGAGCACAGGGGAAAAAGCACAUUCAGAAGAGGAGAUAAUGGACUCCAGUCUAAAAAUUUUAAUAGCAUUGGAAUGUCCACCUGGAGCAUUCUAGCAGGUAGUGGGAAAAUUUUUCUGAAGUUAGAGAGGUUGAGAAUACUGAAGAACACUUGGGAGUUUCCUAUAGGUAACUGGUGACCCUUAAUAGACCAAUUUCAGUAAAGCGGUGGGGUGCAGAAGACUCAGAGGAGAGAGUAGAAAUUACAAGUACAGACCAUUUAAGAGCGUUACUCAGCAAAGGAAGACAAAAAAGUAGCUUGAGACAAUGGUGUCCUCAGAAGUAUACGAAUGGGACAAGGGGAAGGAGCCAUUGGAGAGAGAGAUGAUUUGUUCUUUUAAUGAAUGUUUACCCUGUCUUGCUGUUUGCAAAAAGAGACAGGUACAGCCUUAAGUGAGCUUGCCCUUCAGUGGAGGACUGUAUACUCUCCACUAGACAGCAGGGAUUUUUGCCUGUUUUGUUCCCUGCUCUAUCCCUAGUGACUGGAAGAGUGCCUAGCUUAUAGUAGGCAUUCAGUAAACAUUGAAUAGAUGAAUUAAAACUUUCAGCUGAAAGACAUCUAAAUUAUUCAAGAAAAGUACCAUUCUUUUCGGUUCAUCACAAGUAGUUCUUUUGUAAAACCACUGCACUAAGCUAUGGUGUGUGGGGCGGGGAGACUUACAGAGAGUUGAUGUAUAGGUCAAGUCAAAGGAAUAAGAAUAAGGUACAAUGAAGAGGCGGAGCCAAGAUGGCGGAAUAGACAGAUGCUUCCAUCGAGCCCUCUUUACAACAGAGACCUGAAAAAACAACUGAAACGAGCAUAUUUGUGACAAGCUGGGAGCCCUGAGCAUCGAAGGCAAGCUUAGACAACGAACUGAGGAGCAGGGGAAGAAAGAGACCAUUCAGAAGUGGAGAGGAGUUCCCGGACCUGAAUCGCGGGGAGGCCUCAGGCACCAUUCCCGGAGCAGCCACUGCGACAGCAGGCUGGCACUAGCGUUUGGCUGCAGUUUCCUCAGGGAGAAGCAGCCAGCCACACAGCCCACUCACACCUCCGGAACCUGAGCAGAAGGGAGAUCUCAGCAAAAGCUAAGUACUUGCCUAUAUUUUACUGCGCCCCCAACCCAGCCUCAGCGGCUGAAUCCCUAGGCCUGAGAUAGACCCUGGUGAGCACCUGGAGCCGUCCUCCCAGCCUCGGGGAAGGAAAAAAUUUCCAACCGGGGGAAAAGAUAAUUUGCUAGCUCCAUUAACUGGGGGAGCUCAGGACAGAAGCGGCUCCUGUCCAGGCAUAAACGGUUCGUGGACCUCGAACACCUUUCCCUUCUGCAUGGACCUGUGUGGGCCUAUUUCGGGAGAAUAGGCCCUUGUAGGCAAACUCCAACCAUUUCAGUGGUGCGGUGGAGAGGUGGGUGUAUGAAGUUUGACAUUGCUUUGCCUGUUAAACAAGGUCCUCACCUACCCACAACAGGGACCUAAGGACUGGUGGCUCCACUCAGGUCACACAGCCACCCCCGACGGGUCCAGGGAUAACUGGUACCUCCCAAUUCUUAUCACAAAAUCUUUGGGUGCCCAUGGUCCCUCUGCAGAGCCCACCCACCACCACGCUCUAGGGAACAGAGACGCGUUUUCCUCAGAGACACUUGGGGGUUGGUUCUCAGCCCCCUGCCUUGUUCAGAGCAUGACCCCCUGCUGCAAUCAGAUACCGGUAUAUACGCCAAUCACCCCUGCCCCUCUAAGACUAUAGGACAGAGCCUGUACCACACACUUGAUAUCAGCUACCUGGAAACCUGAGCUGAAUUCAUCCAAGAAAACUGAAUGGACUUCUAGACUGAUAUACCUGAUAACAGCUCUAGCCAGCUGGGGACAGGACACCAGAGCUCCAAAGGCAAAAAUAAUCAAGCUAGCUCACUCAAGCAACCCAUACGGGUAUACCAAAACAAAACAAAGCAAGCAGCUAUGACACAGUAAGCAAGCAUAACCUAAUACAAUAACUUAUAGAUGGCUCGGAGACUACAGUCAGUAUCCAGUCACAUAAAGAAACAGGCCAUGAUCACCUCAACAGGCUCUCAAAACAAAGAAUCCAGGGAUCUUUUAGAUGAAAGUGCAUUCCUGGAAUUACCAGAUGCAGAAUACAAAAGUUUAAUAAGCAGAACCCUUCAAGACAUCAGGAAAGAAAUGAGGCAAUACACAGAACAAGCCAAGGAACACACAGAUAAAGCAACUGAAGAAAUUACAAAGAUUAUUCAGGAACAUAAUGAAAAGUUUAAUAAGCUGGAAAAAUCCAUAGACAGACAGCAAUCAGAAAUUCAGAAGAUUAACAAUAAAAUUACAGAAGUAGAAAACUCAAUAGAAAGUCAGAGGAGCAGAAUUGAGCAAGUAGAAGCUGGAAUUUCUGAACUCAUAGAUAAAUCACUUGGCACCAAUAUAUUUGAAGAAAUAUCAGAUAAAAGAAUUUAAAAAAAUGAAGAAACCUUAAGAAUCAUGUGGGACUCUCUCAAGAGAAAUAAUCUACGAGUGAUUGGAGUACCUGAACAGGGAGGGAUAACAGAAAAUACAGAGAAGAUUGUUGAAGAUUUCUUCGCAGAACACUUCCCUGACACUGUAAAAGAUGAGAAGAUAUCUAUCCAAGAUGCUCAUUGAAUUCCACAUAAGGUAGAUCUUAAAAGAAAGUCACCAAGACAUAUUACAAUCAAGGUUGCCAAAACCAGAGAUAAGGAGACAAUUAUAAGAGCAGCGAGGGAUAAAAGAAAAGUCAUCUACAAGGGAGAGCCAAUAAGAAUAAACUCAGACUACUCAGCAGAAACCAUGCAAGCAAGAAGGCAAUGGAAUGACGUAUUUAAAAAAUUGAAGGAAAAAAAUUGGCUGCCAAGAAUCAUAUAUCCAUCAAAAAUGUCUCUUAAAUAUGAAGGUGAAGGUAAGACAUUUCCAGAUAAACACAAAUUGGGGGAAUUCAUAAAAACCAAACCAAAACUACAAGAAAUACUAAAGGGAGUUCUUUGGUCAGAAAAUCAAUAAUAUCAGGUAUUGACCCAAGACUAGAACACUGGGCAGAGCAACCAGAAGUCAACCCAGACAGGGAAAUCCAAAAAAAAAAAAGGCAAGAUUAAAUAAAAAAAACAAAAGGCCCAAACAGGGUAACAGCGAUGUUAUUAUAUAAAAGAAGGCAACAUUAAUAAAGAGGGACUAAGAAAUGUAAUCAUACACCUUCCAUAUGGAGAGGAAGAUACGGUGAUACAAAGAAAUAAAAGUUAUAAAUUUCGAAAAAUAAGGGUAAAUAAUAACGUAACCACAAAGGAGACAAACUAUCCUACUCAUCAAAAUAAAAUACAAGGGAAAAAUACAGACUCAGCAGAAACAAAAUCAACAACAACAAAUAUGAGGAAAGGACAAUAUAUAAAGAAAAUCUACUCAGCACAUAAAAUCAAGUGGGAAAAAGAAGCUGUCAACACAAAAAAGACAUCAAAAUGAUAGCACUAAAUUCAUACCUAUCCAUAAUUACCCUGAAUGUAAAUGGACUAAAUGCACCAAUAAAGAGACAGACAGUGGCAGAAUGGAUUAAAAAACAAGAUCUGUCUAUAUGCUACCUACAAGAGACACACCUUAGACUUAGAGGCACAAACCAACUAAAACCCAAAGGAUGGAAAAAAAUACAUCAAGCAAACAACAAUCAAAAAAGAGCAGGAGUGGCAAUAUUAAUUUCUGAAAAAAUAGACUUUAAAGUUAAAUCCAUCAGAAAGGAUAAGGAAGGACACUAUAUAAUGAUUAAAAAGACAAUACACCAAGAAGAUAUAACCAUAUUAAAUAU